CACAGCGCCAGCCCCGCCCCCACCACCCGGUUCCGCGCCCCGCGGCCCUCGUCGCGUCCCCCAUUUUUUUAAACCCCGCUUGUCUCCCUCCUCCGCCUUCUCUCCCUCCCCUCCCCGUUGCUUCCCAGUGCCAACUCGCGCAGCUCCCCCCAUCCCACGCGCGCUCGCUCGACCGACCACCUCCGCGCCUCGGCCGACGGCGUGUUGAGACCGCCGGGAGUAACGCGCAGGCCUGGCUCGCGAGAGGCGGCGGAAGCUUCAGAGAGCGCCGUGGAUGAGCUGGCGCCUUGGCACGGCGGCUCGUGUGCUGGUGCGCGGCGAAGAUUCAUUGGCCGGAUUCUCACGGCGCCUGAGUUUAUUAGGCCUUGCUCCUCCGCUGAUCCGAGUUUUGUACCCCGAAUUGCCUCGCGCUCUCACUUUCGUCGAAAAGCAGGGCGUCGGACACUAGCAGUUCGUAAAAGGUGGUGGUGGUGGUGGUAGGAGAAGGUGGGGGUGAAUAUUCGCGUAUCCUGUCGUGGGAUUUGGUUCAGGAUCUCGGCGGGAUGAAGGAUCAGGGAUCGGGCGGCGUCACUCCCAGCCCCGCCGAAGGGGAAAAGAAACCCAUCAACUCGGAGUUGUGGCAUGCUUGUGCCGGGCCCCUGGUGUCGUUGCCCCCGGUGGGUAGUCUCGUCGUGUACUUCCCGCAGGGCCAUAGCGAGCAGGUUGCUGCUUCAAUGCAUAAGGAGCUGGACACCAUCCCCAGCUACCCAUCUCUGCCUUCUAAGUUGAUCUGCAAGCUCUUAAGUCUCACCUUACAUGCAGAUUCUGAAACCGAUGAAGUUUAUGCCCAGAUGACGCUUCAGCCUGUGAACAAAUAUGAUCGAGACGCAAUGCUGGCAUCUGAACUGGGUCUGAAGCAAAACAAACAACCAACAGAAUUCUUUUGCAAGACGCUGACAGCAAGCGACACAAGUACGCAUGGGGGAUUCUCAGUGCCACGCCGUGCAGCUGAGAAGAUAUUUCCACCACUAGACUUUACGAUGCAACCACCAGCCCAAGAGCUCAUUGCCAAGGAUCUGCAUGAUAUUUCAUGGAAAUUUCGACAUAUCUACCGAGGUCAACCGAAGAGGCAUCUUUUGACAACCGGUUGGAGUGUCUUCGUCAGUACAAAAAGGUUGUUAGCUGGUGAUUCAGUUCUCUUUAUAAGGGAUGAGAAAUCUCAGCUUCUCUUAGGUAUAAGGCGUGCUAGCAGACCCCAACCAGCUCUGUCAUCAUCAGUUUUAUCAUGCGACAGCAUGCACAUUGGAAUCCUGGCAGCAGCAGCCCAUGCUGCUGCAAAUAGUAGCCCAUUUACUAUUUUCUAUAACCCAAGGGCAAGCCCAUCGGAAUUUGUCAUCCCUUUAGCAAAAUACAAUAAGGCUCUGUAUACACAAGUGUCCCUUGGAAUGCGAUUCAGAAUGCUCUUUGAGACAGAGGAUUCAGGGGUAAGAAGAUACAUGGGCACGAUCACAGGCAUUGGCGACUUAGAUCCACUGCGGUGGAAGAAUUCUCAUUGGCGAAACCUUCAGGUUGGUUGGGAUGAAUCAACUGCAUCUGAGAGGCGCACCCGUGUUUCGAUAUGGGAGAUUGAACCAGUUGCUACACCAUUUUAUAUAUGCCCACCACCAUUUUUCAGGCCAAAGCUUCCUAAGCAGCCAGGAAUGCCAGAUGAUGAAAGCGAGGUUGAGAGUGCUUUCAAAAGAGCGAUGCCAUGGCUUGCUGAUGACUUUGCCCUGAAAGAUGUCCAAAAUGCAUUAUUUCCAGGCCUGAGCCUAGUUCAAUGGAUGGCUAUGCAGCAAAAUCCUCAGAUGCUAGCAACUGCUGCCCCUGCUGUACAGUCGCAGUACUUGACCUCUAAUGCACUGGGUAUGCAGGAUGGGAUAGGCAGUGUCAGUGAAGAUCCAACAAAAAGAUUGAGUAUGCAGGCCCAAAAUAUUGGCUUACCUAAUUUACAGGCUGGUUCGAAAGUGGACCACCCUGCAAUUAACUCAUUAGCUCAACACCAGCAACAGCCUCACCAUGUAUUGCAACAACAGCAGGUCCAACCGCUGCAGCAAAGUUCUGCGAUUCUACAGCAACAGCAAGCCCAGCUGUUGCAGCAAAAUGCCAUUCACUUGCAGCAGCAGCAAGAACAACUCCAACGGCAACAAUCACAGCCGCAGCAACAGUUGAAAGCUACUGCAUGUCUUCAGUCAUCGGACCAGCACAAGCUGAAAGAGCAACAGCCUUCAGGUGGACAAGCUGUCUCACAAGCACAAUUGUUAAACCAUAUUUUGCAACCAUCUUCAUCUCAGCUACAACAGUUGGGUUUACCCAAGUCACCUACCCAGCGCCCAGGGUUACCAGGUCUAACAGCGAUGGGUUCUUUGCAGCAAUCACAAUUAACUCAGACUUCACAGCUGCAACAAACAGCAGAAUACCAGCAGGCACUCCUACAAAGUCAACAACCUCAACUACAACAGCUAUCACAAUCAGAACUGCAGCUGCAGCUGCUUCAAAAGAUUCAACAACAAAAUCUGCUAUCUCAACUGAACCCACAGCAUCAGUCCCAGCUGAUCCAACAAUUGUCUCAGAAAAGCCAGGAAAUUCUCCAGCAACAAGUUCUUCAACAUCAGGUGGGUGGUGCUGAUGCCAUGGGUCAGCUCAAACAUUUGCAGCAAACACCUUUGAACCAUACGACGGGAUCCCUGACACCCCAGCAACUUGUAAGAUCACACUCAGCACUCGCUGAGAGUGAAGAACCAUCCAGCUCAACAGCUCCAUCUGGCAGCCGUAUCUCCCCAAUAAAUUCAUUGAGUAGAGCACACCAAGGAAGCAGAAACUUGCCUGAGAUGCCAGCAACACCCCAAAUUGAGCACUUGCUUCAGGAAAUUCAAUGUAAAUCAGAUAAUCGAAUCAAGAAUGAUAUACAAGGUAGUAAAGAAACGGUUCAUGCACCUAAUCGUCAUCUAGCUUCAGAUCAACUUGAUGCGUCAUCUGCUACCUCCUUUUGUUUAGAUGAGAGCCCACGAGAAGGCUUUUCCUUUCCUCCAGUUUGUUUGGAUAACAAUGUUCAAGUUGAUCCAAGAGAGAAUUUUCUUAUUGCGGAAAAUGUGGAUACAUUAAUGCCCGAUGCCCUGUUGUCAAGAGGGAUGUCGUCUGGAAAGGGUAUAUGCAAUCUACCUACUGGACAAAGGGAUCAUAGGGAUGUGGAGAACGAGCUAUCCUCUGCUGCAUUCAGCUCCCAGUCAUUUGGUGUGCCUGACAUGUCUUUCAAGCCUGGAUGUUCAAGUGAUGUUGCUGUUGCUGAUGGUGGAAUGGCAAGCCAAGGUUUGUGGAAUAGUCAAACACAACGGAUGAGAACCUUCACCAAGGUUCAAAAGCGUGGAUCUGUUGGGAGAUCAAUUGAUAUAACACGAUAUCGAGGUUAUGAAGAUCUUCGGCAUGAUCUUGCAUGCAUGUUUGGUAUUCAAGGGCAGCUUGAAGACCCCUACAGAACGGAUUGGAAGCUGGUCUAUGUUGAUCAUGAAAAUGACAUCCUUCUUGUCGGGGAUGACCCCUGGGAGGAGUUUGUAAGCUGUGUCAAGAGCAUUAAAAUAUUAUCAUCUGCUGAAGUACAACAAAUGAGCUUGGAUGGUGACCUUGGUUGCAUCCCUCAAACUCAAGCCUGUAGUGCUUCUGAUGACGCAAAUGCAUGGAGGGCCUGACGUACAUACCAAUAUGCUUCUUACCAAUUUUUUUAAAUGAUACUACUGAGAGUUAGGGUUAAAGAAGUGAAAUACACGUCUAACUAACUACGAAGUAUUACUUAGAGCCAACUCACUGACAGAGUCGAUGGAAAGCUUGUUGCAGAAGUUGUUCAGCGAGCUGCCAUAUUUUAGAGGUCUUGACGGCUGACGCUUUGUUCCACUGAAAUCGGGUAAUUACUCAACAUAAUCAUAUUAGUUUUCCUUUUUUUUGUCUGUAUGUUGGGUGGGUGGGGGGAUAUAAGACUUCUUUGAAGUUGAGAAUCUACUGUGCUUAUUGGGACCUACGUUCAUUGUAAUCUUACAGAAUUGUUUAAUUAUCUCAGUGUAUAUAUGUGCUGUAUAACUGUAAUUGUUGAUUUUGCAACUCGCAAUCCCCAUUGUAAUUGCUCCAGUGUGCUACUUUCACCACUGAAGUACUAGUAGAAAAUUAGAAAUUGUAUUGACUAUCUGCAACAGAAUUUGAUUCAGUAUCGGAUAUAUUUGCAGUUUA